AUGAGCACGGCCGCCGACGUCUCGGCUGGAGGUGCUGAGCUGCGGCACCGGCAGCUCUACGACGAUGCGUCUGAGGGAAGUGGUAGCAUCAGCCCCGGUCACCAGUCGCCAAUGGAACCGCAGUGCGCUGGCCAGGAUCCCCAGGAUGGUGACAUUGGCAAGCAAAAGAAGACUUUUGGUCGUACACCAGAUGGCACAGUAUUCGUUGUGCCGACUACGCAUGACAUGGUCUCACAGCUCCUUGAUCCGCGGCAGCCCAAGAACCUUUCAGACGUUAUCGUCUUGGCUAUUCUGGCAUUGCAUAUCCUAGCGGCAUAUUUCCUUCCGGCUGGGUAUAAGCGCCCCGUAUUUGCAGCCGUUUUCCUCUUUUGGAGAGCCUCUUACAAUGUUGGCAUCGGCAUCUUGCUACAUAUCCAAUCCCAUCACCGGCGCCUGAUUACCUGGGCCCAGCGAUGGAAGCUAUUCGAGCAUCCGAGCACUGGCAAUAAUCCCCGCCCAUGGCUGUACAAUCUGCUAAAGCGAGAGCUCGAAGCCAAGAUCCCUGAAGACUAUGAGUUUGAGAAGGCUCCCAUUGAAUACAACACCUGGCUCGUCUUCCGAAGGGUUGUUGACCUGAUCUUGAUGUGUGAUUUCGUGUCAUACUGUCUGUUCGCCAUUGUCUGUGGCCACUCACCAAAGGACGAGAGUAUACUUUUCGGAAGCUCUCGUUGGCUUUUGGGCAUCACACUGGUCGGUUUCAAUCUCUGGGUUAAGCUCGAUGCGCAUCGCGUUGUCAAGGAUUUUGCUUGGUACUGGGGAGAUUUCUUCUAUCUCAUCGAUCAGGAUCUCACAUUCGACGGUGUCUUUGAGAUGGCGCCCCACCCCAUGUAUUCGAUUGGUUACGCCGGAUACUACGGUAUAUCGAUGAUGGCAGCCAGCUACGAGGUGCUCUUCAUCUCCAUCCUCGCCCAUCUUGCCCAGUUUGCGUUCCUCGUGUCGGUGGAAAACCCUCAUAUCGACAAGAUUUACAAUCCUCCUGCCCCAAGAGAAAAGACUGGAAACCGAAGCCCAGUCACCCCCACGGUGGCUUUUGAUCUUCCGGCAGAAAAUACACUCAAGCGAUCCAAUUCCAUCUCGCAGAAGGAUAUGCCAGCACCUGUACACAAUCUCGUUGGGUUGCACAACAUGGAUCUGUUCCGGGUUCCAGACUGUGUUGUCGUUAUUCUGCCCAUCUAUGUCGCGGCCCUUACUUUUGCGACGCCGGCAACAUCCUUCUGGAAAGUAAUUUUCGUUGCUCACGCACUUUUGUGGCGGCUAUGGUAUCACGCUGGCCUCGGCUUCGUGUUGGACCGACAAUCUAAAUCAAAGAUGUGGACUCGCCACUUUCUUAAAUAUGGCGAGAGUGCUGGAGAAGCCUGGCGCCAAUGGAAAGCCAUGUACCAUAUCAGCAUGAUCAUGUGCAACACAUCUUUCAUUGCAGCUUGUUGGAAGAUGUACAACCUUCCGGAAGACUGGGGCUACGGCCUGGUUCUUUUCAAGCACGUGCUUGGAGCUGGCUUGAUUGCUCUACAGCUAUGGACUGCCUUCAGUGUGUAUGAUUCCCUCGGCGAAUUUGGCUGGUUCUGCGGCGACUUCUUCUUCGACCAUGAAGCCAAGCUUACAUACACCUCCAUCUACCGAUUUCUCAACAACCCCGAAAGAGUUUUUGGAACUGCUGGCAUCUGGGGUGCUGCUCUCAUCACCUGGAGCCGAGGCAUUUUCAUCACUGCUCUGGUUACGCAAAUCUUGAAUGUCAUGGUCAUCGCGUUCGUCGAACGACCUCACAUGCAAAAGAUUUAUGGAAGAAGCAUUCGGGAGGAGGCAGGUCUCACCAAAUUCAUCAAGCGAUCAUUACCGCCUCCGGUCAAAGUAUGGCAGGAAAGCGUGGACAAGGUCCUGGACGACACCUCGCACUUUGUCGAAGAGUUUUUGGACAGUGCCCGCCCCAAGUUUGCUUCUGGUGUCAAAACUAUCGUCCGAGACACAUCUGCUCUUUUCAACGUAGCACCUGCCCGCCUCACGAUUACCAGAAUUGCCCCCGACCUCGCCGGACUGGAUCCUAAGCAGUAUUCACUCACUAUUGAGGGAACCCCCUCUCUUCAAUCGGCCGUUGACGAAAGAGCCACUGGUAAAGAGAGCUUCUCAGGACGCUUCCCAAAGCUGAUCAAGACGAAGACUUUUGAAUACGGUGCCCCUCUGCGAGUCAGGUGGCGAGCGCCCGCAAACCACAGCAAAGAAGAUUGGAUUGGCCUCUACAUGGUAACGGAUAAUCGCCUUCGAGACACGACCGAAGUUUCGUCACUCGGAAGGUGGACACCCACAUGCACUGGUGCCUACGAUGCUUCGAUGGCAAAUACUAGCAUUACUGUCAAGGAGCACGCCGUGGCCAAAGCUGAUCCCUCGGACCCUGAUAUGAUGGAGGGCGAGGUUGUUUUCCAAGGAGAUAAGCUAUGGUGGACGCAAGGUGUCUAUGAGUUUAGAUACCACCAUGAUGGACGUCACACGGUCAUGAGCAUCUCGGAACCUUUCGAAAUCCGCAUCAGCAAAUUUGACGAAGAAGACGUCGACGUCGACGUUGGUACCAAGGCGUUGUAUGCUAAGGCUGUCGAGGAGGCUCUUCUUCCCAUUAUCCAAAACUGUCUGGAUCGUGAUGAUGAUAUUGCGCCAAGCACCGUGGAUGAGAGCUUCGGCAGUCAUGUGGAGCGAGAUGGCAAGUACGCCAAGAGAAUUGUUUACGCCAUCCGGGAGAUGUUUGGUGUAGAAUUUGCGCCAGCCGUCGUCCUUGCGGACCGGAGCGUGAGGAAACUGGCAUGGAGAAUCUGUAACGCCAAGGAGGUUUUGGCACCGUACAGCAUGUCUCACUCAAAGGGUACUACGACACCAGCAAACGAAGGAACGCCCAUGAAAAUUUGA